AUGUUCUUUGUUCAAUUGACUUCAAUCAACACCGAGGCCGUCACGCAACCAAGGCGUUCAGCUCCAAAGCCAUUCAGCCUAUUGAACUCGGAGGAUGGGUCAAUCCACGUGAUCACCUACUUUCUUUUCGAAACUAUCGCUUGGCAUGUCGAACUAUGGCGAAGAAUUAUUGCUGUCACUCAGCGCAACGUUAGCACACUUUAA